AGGAAAGAGAAUCGUCUCUCCUCCUCCUUGUCUCUGUCCUAUACAGAGCAUCUCCGUGUUAUGUCCGAGAGAGUGAAAGAACUUCAAAUGGAGAGCCAAAUUCAAGAACACGGCCAUGUAGUUGAUAUCUGCAGGAGGGUUUCGACCGUACCGAAAGGCCGGAGAGGGAGCAAGAUCUGCGGAGAAGCUCCUUGUGGAUUCUCUGAUUCCAAAAUCCUAUCCGAGGAUUCCGACGAGCGUUUGGCCUCCAUGAAAAAGCUCUCCACUGCAGUUUUACUCUGUCUGAUCUUCAUGGCCGUCGAAGUUCUUGGAGGUAUCAAGGCCAACAGUCUCGCUGUUCUUACAGACGCUGCUCAUCUCCUCUCGGACGUCGUUGCAUUCGCUAUAUCGUUGUUCUCCCUGUGGGUUUCCGGAUGGGAAGCGAAUCCGAGACAGUCUUACGGGUUUUUCAGAAUCGAGAUUCUCAGUGCCCUCGCUUCGAUCCAGUUGAUUUGGCUCGUCGUGGGGAUCAUCGUGUAUGAAGCCGUCAUGAGGCUCAUCCACGAGACAAAAGAAGUUAAGGGUUCUCUCAUGUUUGCUGUUUCAGCUUUCGGGUUGUUCGUCAACAUUGCCAUGGCUGUCUUGCUAGGACAUGAUCAUGGGCACACCCAUGGCCAUGGCCAUGAUCAUGCCCAGGAUAACGAGGACAGCGAAGAUGGGCAAGCCGAGAUUUUGCUGGAUAAAUGGUCGGAGGGAGAAGCAAGGAAGAAUCAAGAGAGCAAGCGGCAUAUGAACAUAAAUGUACAAGGAGCGUAUCUUCACGUACUCGGAGAUUCAAUCCAGAGCGUAGGAGUGAUGAUUGGUGGUGCAGUUAUAUGGUACAAACCCGAAUGGAAGGUAAUAGACCUAAUAUGCACGCUGUUAUUCUCGGCUAUGGUGCUGUUGAGUACGAUAAGGAUUCUCCGGAACAUUCUAGAAGUUCUGAUGGAGAACACGCCGAGAGAGAUCGAUUCCACGAGACUUGCAGAGGGAAUCUGCAGUAUGGGUGAAGUUACUGCGAUCCACGAGCUGCACGUUUGGGCAAUAACCGUGGGUAAAGUUCUGUUGUCUUGUCAUGUUGAGAUCAUACCCGAUGCAGAUGCAGACAAGGUUCUUGACAAGAUCAUAGAUUACAUCAGGAGAGAGUAUAACAUUAGCCAUGUAACAAUUCAGAUAGAACGAGAACAGGUUCGUUAAAUCUGUUUAUUGUCUGAUUUCAUAAUGUUCUGUAUUCGGAGUCACGCUUUCUUGUGAAACUCCAUAACCGAAAAACAGAAAGCUGAACAUGAAACUUGGACAUGAGAAAA